AUUAAUUAACAAAGAUGAGUACGUAAUUCAAAAUCGAACUUUAUAGAGAAAAGAGAUAAGGUUUAUGCUGAAAACCCGCGCACAGUCCAUUUGCUUCCGUUUCUCUUUGUUUCCAUACCAACCCAAUCAAAUCCAAUGGCCACGCCGGUGAAAGUGUACGGGCCGCCCUUGUCCACUGCCGUCUCCAGAGUACUUGCCUGUCUUCUCGAAAAGGACGUCCAGUUUCAGCUCUUACCGGUGAACAUGGCGAAAGGAGAACACAAGAGCCAGGAAUAUCUCAAGAUUCAGCCAUUCGGUCAAGUCCCUGCGUUCCAAGACGAAAGCAUCUCCCUCUUCGAAUCUAGAGCAAUCUGCCGCUACAUUUGCGAUAAACACGCGGAGAAGGGGAAUAAAGGAUUGUACGGACUGGAUCAGUUAGGGAAAGCUUCGAUCGAUCAGUGGAUUGAAGCGGAGGGGCAGAGCUUCAAUCCGGCAAGCUCGAUUCUUGUUUUUCAACUGGCGUUUGCGCCGAGGAUGAGGUUGCCGCAGGAUGAGAAGGCGAUUAAGCAAAACGAGGAGAAGCUGUCGAAGGUGCUUGAUGUGUACGAGCAGAGACUGGGAGAGAGUCGGUAUUUGGCCGGAGAUGAGUUCUCGUUGGCUGAUCUUUCUCAUUUGCCAAACGGGCAUUAUCUGGUGAAUGUGGCGGACAGGGCGGAGCUUUUCACGUCGAGGAAGAACGUGGACCGGUGGUGGAAUGAAAUCUCCGGCAGGGAAUCUUGGAAGGAGGUGGUUGAAUUGCAGACCAAGGCAUCUUCUUGAGUGCAUUUUGAUACUUUGAAUCUUGUUGGGAUAAAUGACAUUUGAAUAAGCUACGCUACCUUACGUUCUUCGUGUUUCCUUCACCCAACUAUUUGAAUAUGGCCAUGAAUUGAUCUUUUGAAUUAAAUUUUCUUCCAAAGUA